GAACCUUUAGAUCUUUAUCUCAGAACGUUCAGCGUUUGAUUCACCUGAAAACUCACUUUAAAACAGCAGAACUCCUGUGGAUGCUUCUCCAGCUGUGGUUUUAGAUCCUCUACGGUGAAGUUAAAGUGGAAUAUUCAGAUAGUAAAUCCUCACAGCUGCUCGUUUUGUGCUUCCAUGCAGCAGAUGUGGAGGAACAGACGGGAAACCUUCCAGUGGGUCCAGUCAACACUAGAGAACUGUGACAGGAUGCAGCUCUAAACCUGACAAAAGUGUUUAAAGUCUCCGUCUAGACGGACAGCUGCUGUUUUUAUUACAUAUCAACCAUAAACCUCAGCUGAUCUCCUCUGCAGGUAAACAUGGUAACUAGCUGGCUAACCGUGCUGAGUAGCUGGCUAACCGUCACACUGACGGCUGGAGGACCAACGUCUGUAACCGUGGAACCAACCUGCAGCUUAGAAGCUCCACCAGGAACCCAGCUGACUCUAACAUGUGGAGAGAACAACGCUGCUCACCUGUAUCUCCUCUCAGGUACAGGUGAGCUCCGGUUCUGGCACACUCCUUUUGGAGACCUGCAGCGUCCUGGUUUCCACAGUGACGCUGUCGUCCUGCAGCCUGACAGAAGCCUGCUGAUCUCCAACAGCAGCGUCCUGCACAGCGGCUUCUACUACUGUCUGCUGCAGCUCAAAGAAGAAAAAAGGCUGCAGCCGUACCAGCUGCAGGUCCACACGUCAGGAAGGGCUGGAGAUCCAGAGGCUGCAGGUCCAGAGAAGCAGCAGGGUGUUUCAGACAGGCUGUUUGCUGGAGCUGUGGCUGCUUCAGUGCUGAUCACGUUUGUUAUGGGCUUCAGCGCCGGAGCUUUAACCAGAACCCAGGUCCUCAGGUGUUUCACAGCCAUCACCAUGAAGCUAAAGUCACCACAGCGACGCCAACCUGACAUACCGGACCACGGGCCAGAGGUCGCCAUGACAACCCUGCCGCCAAUGUGUGAAAACCAGGAAAUGGAGACAGUUUCAUCGACAACCUCAUCUCCUCCCAAAAAACCUCAGAGAAGCUUCAGACACAAGAAAGACGAAGAAACCGCUGAAUAUCUACAGGGAUGUGAUCACAAGCAGGACGAAGGGUCUGAUGAGGAAAAGGUUGAAGGGUCUGAUGAGCAGGAGGUUGAAGGGUCUGAUGAGCAGGAGGUUGAAGGGUCUGAUGAGCAGGAGGUUGAAGGGUCUGAUGAGCAGGAGGUUGAAGGGUCUGAUGAGGAGAAGGUUGAAGGGUCUGAUGAGGAGAAGGUUGAAGGGUCUGAUGAGCAGGAGGUUGAAGGGUCUGAUGAGAAGAAGGUUGAAGGGUCUGAUGAGGAGAAGGUUGAAGGGUCUGAUGAAACUAGUGGGUUCUAUGUGGUGGGAGUCGAUGGAGGAAGUGAAACAGAGGACAGUGAUGAUGAUGAUGAUGAUGAUGAUGAUGAGAAGAAAGAUGAAGAUGGUCAGACAGCUGUUAGAGAUUCUGCAGAAACCGAAGCCGAUAAAAACCAGGAGGUGAAACAUAAGGCUCCUGCCCUUCGGCUGGGCCGCCGGGUCAUCUGUCUGUACAACUACGACGACGACGGCCAGCGGUACCAGCACCUUCCUGACCCCGCCCCCCAGGACCCAAGCCCCACCCCCAGGCUCAAACAGCGAUCGCUCUCUCUGACACGCCUCAACGCCAUAAUGGCCGCCGCCUCGGCAUCACCGCUGGACAGGAAGGAGACGGAGAGUGACGUGAGGCAGCGUUUCCACAUGGAGAUAUAAGGUAACAUGUCAGGGUACAGGUCUUCAUCUGAGAACUACAAAGAACCGAGAACGCAUCCUGGUCCUGAAGCCAUUCACACCAAACCACCUGACCUGUUAGCAUGUUAGCAUGGGGUCUGUUGAUCCCAGGAACAUCUGGAAAUGAGAGCAGCUCUAUUGUAGUUCAGGAUUAGAAUGUAGUUUGAGGAGAGCAGGAGAGAAGCUAACAGAUGCUAACACACAGCUUCCUUCCCCCCUUCACUUCCACUAUCCUGCUCAGACUGCUCCUAACAGGUGAAGCUAACAGGUGAAGCUAACAGGUGAAGCUAACAGGUGAAGCUAACAGGUGAAGCUAACAGGUGAAGCUACCUGUACUUGGUCCGUCAGAUGUGAGCAUCUUCAGGAUGAUCAGUUACUGAGUUCAUGAUAAUUAAAUCUGUGCUGAUUAAAA